AGAUCUCUUACGGUUGAAGAAAAAAAAAAGAAUCGCAGCCUUUGGGCUCGGGUGCUACGUGAAGAAGCAGCGGAAUUUAUGCGCGUCUUUUAAAUCAUCUUAGAAACCAUCUCCGAGUUUUGCUGAUUUGCUGAUUCAUCAUGUCCGGUUUUCGAUUCGACCGAGGUGACGGUGGUCCGCCCAGGAGGGACAGGGAUAGAAGCCCGAACGACAGGCGUGGUGGAGAUAGAGGAGGCGGCAGAUCUGGAAGACCAGAUGAUCGAUGGGGGCAGGAUAGAGGCUCCUCCUCGUCCGCACCGAGGUUUGAUCGUGCAGAUGACCGCCGUGGAGGCGGCGGUUAUUCUAGUCGUGGUGGACAAGAUUCUUACCGCGAUCGCUCCAACGACCGAGGUUACGAUGAUAGGCGCCGCGGUCACGAUGAUCGCCGAUCCGGAUAUGAUGAUCGUCGGGGUGGAGGAGGUUAUGAUAGAGGCGGGCGAGGGGGGUAUGAUCGUGGUGGACGAGGGGGAUUUGAUCGUGGAGGCCGCGGUGGCUUCAGAGGAGGACGGGGGGGAGGGGGAGGUGGUGGACCUGCUUUCACGAAUGAUGCUGCUGUAGAUCUGAUGGAUCAGGCGUCGUCGGAUCAUGAUGCGAUGGAAGGGUCUGCAGGAAAACGCUUUAAAGUCGUGACGAAUGCGUCACGGAUGAAGAUCCGAUCGAAGUUCCUGAUACACAUGUAUCACGUUGAUUUCGAUGAAUCCGUUGAAGAUCGGAGGACGAUGAUAUGGUUGGUGAAUCAGUCCAGGGAAAUACAUAACGGAGUUUUUAUCCCUGACCAUUCGCUGUACUCCACGAAAGACUUCGUUGAUCCAGUCACAAAGAAACUAGAAAUACCUCUGAGCAGGCGCUCACGAGAAGGUGCUAUUCCAGUGACGGUGAAGUACCGCUGGACCAAAACCGUGGAUGAUACGGAUCCAUCGUUCGUCAACUUCGCGAACAACAUUUUGCGGAAGUCACUGCAUGCUUUGGAGAUGACGAUGAUCAAACGAUCCUACUAUGACCUGGGUGCCGCCCAGUACAUUCCCGAGUUCAACAUCAACCGGCGAGCCAACAAAGUGGGAGAAUUUAUAGAUACUGUCAGAGCGGAAUUGGUGAACAAAGUGGUUUUCCUAAGGUAUAGCGGCCGAACUUUCAAACUUUGUGACGUGACGGAUAAAACCGUCAAUUCCACUUACAAAGAAGGAUCUGACGAGACUGUCUUGGAAUACUUCGAGCGAAAUUACGCAAACGACAGGUUCGCGAAAAUUACUGAUCUGCACCAGCGCUUGGUCAAGGCGGUUAGCACUGAAAAGGAUUUGCGACGUAAGAUGAAUCCGAACAUGAAAGACGCCCCGCGCAAAGAGAUGACUUUAGUUCCCGAAAUGUGCUACUUCACUUCGCUUGAUGAAACGAUGAAUGUUACGGAUCAGCAGCGCCGAAAUAUGGCGACGAAAUUCCGCAAGAAUCCCGACACUCGUGUCAAAGACGUUCAGCGUUUCUUGGAUCGCAUCAAGGCUCACGAGAAGAUAAACGAAGAGAUAACCACGAGAUGGGGGUUUGAAAUUUCCCCGGAUGUCGCUGAAGUUGAAGCUCGUGAGCUUCCGAUGGUUGGACUGUCCAUGAGCAGCAGAACCAUUAAUAUUCAAAAUUCAAGCUUCCAGAAUUGUCUUCGCCAGUCCAGGGCUGAGAUUGCGGUGAGUUUGAAGGAGUGGGUUGUAGUAGCCACGGAUCGAUAUACCAGGGUGGACGACCCGGUGAGGAGCUUGACAAACUUGAUGCGUGAACUUGGUAUGGACGUCGGGAAGCACACUAUGGAAAGGACGAGAGGCGAUGCGGCUCACGCCUUCUCAUCCACUUUGCAAAAAGUUGUUCAAACGAGGCCACAAUUUGUCUUGAUAUUCGUUCCAAGUGCGGACGAGGCCCGCUAUCAAGCCGUUAAACGUUGUCUCAUGGUGGACAACGGAGUGCCAAAUCAAGUGGUCCAAGAAAGUACCGUUGGUAAGGGGUUGAGUGCGCUCACGAAAGUAGCGCAUCAGAUCAAUUGCAAGUUGGGUGGAGCCCCAUGGAAACUCGUGACGAGCGAAAGUGGUACGCUGGUCAUCGGCUUCGACGUGUACAAGGAGAAGCGCGCUCAGACGUCAGUGAGUGCUUUGGUGGCGGCGCUCGACAAGGACUUCCUGAAGUUCACUUCGGAUUCUCGUGUUACCGAAACGAGGACGAGCGAUAGAAUCUCGCCUCAUUUGUCGCAAUGUUUCGAACAUGUUAUGAAGAGAUACCGGGAAGCCAACAAAUCUUACCCGAAACGCGUUGUGGUUUUUCGGGGAGGCGUUUCUUUCGGAGAUUACGACGCUCUACGAGCAAGUGAAAUCGAUUCGAUCAAAAAUACCUUCAAUGGACAAGUAAGAUCUGGAUCCCAUCCGGAUUGA